GCAAUGGGCUCUGUGAGAAAUCUCUGUAUCUGUAGGGGUUGACCAAGGAAGGGUUUCAGGGUCAGCCCCUGCCUGGCCCAGCCCUGUCUGGAACCAGAGUGAAGACCUUGGUUCUUGGCUUUCCCUCAUUUGCACAGCAGCACAGCUCGCUCUCUGCUUCAUACUCCUUUCUUUCUCCCAACUUUGUGGGACUUGGAGUAAGUCUUAAUACAAACGAAGAUGCUGUUUAAUGUGAGGAGCUUUGUCAGCAUUGCAAAACUAACAGGGACCAGGAAGCAGCUGCUGCGACAGUUCUGGUAUGGGCGACCAGCUCAAAUGAAUGUUCAUCUGAAAGGUCAGGACCUCCUUACUCUACAGAACUACACAGCAGAUGAGCUGAAGUAUUUGCUGUGGAUGGCCUCAGAUUUGAAACAAAGGAUAAAGUACAAAGGAGAGUAUUUACCUUUGAUGCAAGGAAAAUCUUUGGCCAUGAUUUUUGAGAAGAGAAGCACAAGAACAAGAUUAUCUGCAGAAACAGGAUUUGCUCUCCUUGGAGGACAUCCUUCCUUCCUUACAACACAAGACAUACAUCUGGGCACUAAUGAGAGUCUCACAGAUACAGUGAGGGUGCUGUCCAGCAUGACAAAUGCUAUCUUGGCUCGAGUUUAUAAGCAUAAUGAUCUGGACCUCAUGGCAAAAGAAUCCACGAUCCCAAUAAUCAAUGGACUGUCCGAUUUAUAUCACCCUCUCCAGAUUUUAGCUGAUUACCUAACCCUUCAGGAGCACUAUGGUGGGCUGAAUGGACUCACUAUCACCUGGAUUGGGGAUGGAAACAAUGUCCUCCACUCCAUCAUGACAAGUGCUGCAAAGCUGGGAAUGCACCUGAGUAUUGCCACUCCCAAGGGCUUUGAACCAGACCUCAGAAUAACUAAAAUAACUGAACAAUACUCUGAAGAGUAUGGUACCAAGUUUCUUCUGACAACAGAUCCUUUAGAAGCUGCAGACAGUGCUAAUGUCUUAGUUACAGACACAUGGAUAAGUAUGGGACAAGAAGAGGAAAAGAAAGAAAGACUAAAGGCCUUUCAAGGUUAUCAAAUUACAAUGCAGACUGCAAAAUCUGCUGCUUCCAACUGGACUUUUUUACAUUGUUUACCCAGAAAACCUGAAGAAGUUGAUGAUGAAGUAUUUUAUUCCCCACGGUCAUUGGUUUUCCAGGAGGCUGAAAACAGAAAAUGGACAAUUAUGGCUGUCAUGGUUUCCCUGCUGACAGAUUACUCACCACAGCUACAAAAACCUACAUUUUGAUACUUGGAUUCCUACCAGGAGAAAAAUAAUCCUCACUGGCAGAAUAUUUUGGUCCUCAAACACGUAGAUCUUCUUCAGAAAGGAUCAAGGCAAUCAAUGAUAUUUUAAUAAAACCACAUAGUUUGAUGUAUAACGUUGCAUUACAUUCGUGAGAAUGUUCAAGACAACAGACACCAUUUCAGAAGCUGCUUUUCACCUGGAUGCUCCAAGCUGGCUGUCCUAGUGAUCGUCAUCACGGAAAACAUUCCAAGGUUGUACCUUAAUGCUUGGGUCUACCGGCAGCAUAGGCAUGGCACAGUUUACACGUAGCUGUGUUUGAACUUGUGUGGUGUGAUAUGACAGACAUAAACUUCUCCCCAAACCUGUGCCUUUCAUUGCCUAUUUUGGGAAGUGUGCAGGAGAAGCAAUGCUUCAGUUUGCUUUGGUUUCCUGGGCACCCUGGCUCCUGUUUCUGUCCUCCAGCCAACCUCUAAACCCCACUUCUGUUUGACACCAAAAAUAUAGAGACCUUGGGAGUAUUAUCUUCCUCCAUGACAUUCCUGUGGGCUGGCACAGGGGGAUAUUGCUGUAGAGUUGGAAUACAGCAGUUUCCAGAGUUGGAUACAGCAGAGAUAGAUGGCUGGAAGGAACUGGUUCAAUCUUUGCCUAUCUGCCCUAGACUCUCAUUCCCUAAACAAAAUUCUGCCUAAAGAAGCAAAUUUUCUAUUUCCUUUUUUUUUUUUUCCU